AUGAAAAUUUYUACUUUUGCAAGUGAUUAUAUUGAUGAAAAUCUUUUUAUUCUUUCAAAAGCUCAAACUUUAAACAWYUAYCAURGAAUAAAUCARUGGAUAAAGAUACCAAAUUCUGUUGGUUUACUGCAGUUCCUUUCCAUAACACAUCUCCAUCCAAAAUUGUUGAUGCCUCAUUGCAUAAAAUAUCCAGCAACAAAACCAGAUCUAACCAUGGUAGAGYAGUGACAGAUAAUGWUGGAAAAGAUGAUUUGGUUGRAAUUWACUGUCCCAAUGGUCRACGGAAGGWAGCASAAACAAUAUCCAAAACAAAAGUUACAGAAUUGAAUMGAGAGUUCUUAGUAAUYAAAGCAACCAAUGUWUUCAGUGGAAAACAUUCAAAUACAAGGAACACUAYUGAAGACAAGGCAAGCGAUGAURUUGCUAUUCUCACAACUAAUGACAGCUCUGGAAUUACAUCUAAACAAAACAGUGGUCUAGAAACUGAGGACUGUUAUCUUACAGGACYRUCAACUAGUUCUACAUGUCAAAACUCUGACCUUCCUUACACUGAAUUCAUUUCACCCAAGGGAAUAGCAACAAGGCGUAAAKCCCAUCUAMRCRUUAAUCGACCAAGGCAAAACAGUUCUUGUGGCAAGACCAGUAUUGUAUCUCAAGAAUUUAUCUGCUCAUCAACUGACAUCACUAGUUCUGAGGAAAUUGCAACCAGAAGUAACGACGUUCCACCAACCAGCUGCAGUUCCUCCAAAAUCACAGAAUCCAUUAUUCCAUUCUCUGAAGGCAUGGCCUCUUUCAAGGAAAGUGCAACUGAAGACAUUUCUUCCAGAGAAAUUAUUGAAAUAACUAUGAAACGAAAACAUGUUGAGAAAAAAGGUGUCUAUUCUUCAAAAAGAUUCAAAAAUGUCCAAGGAAGUAUUAAAACAGAAGAUAUUAGUUUUGGGCAGCAUCUCACUACUUGUGAUAAUAGUUGUUAUUUYAAGCACCAYCCAAUAACACURAGUAUAGGCUGGUCAAGGGAUGUSAAGAAUGCCACAGCYCUCAACAUUUCACCUUUGWYAUGCAUAAUGGGAGCUAUGGAAUUUGGUUGGGAUCCAGCGACAAACAUCCCAGAUCCYGAUGCCAAAUACCAGAUUCCACUUGUUCAUCUUGCUUGUAUGUUUGGAAGAGCAGAUGUGAUUGAAAGUGUUAUUUCUAUYAAUCUUUUGCCUGUUACACACCAUAUUGGAUCUACAGCUCUUGGUGUYUUUCAAACACAUUUCACRAAGUCCCUCGUCUUCUUUGACUAUGAUCAGAAGGUUGCAGCWUUUAACAAGUGUUCAGCAGUGUUGGCAGAGAUCUGUCCAAAUCUUUGGCUUCCAACAAAUGAACAAUCUUUAUUACUACGCAUGUCGUUUGAUUUGAUGGAAUAUGUSAAAAAGGUGGAAAUGUCCUCUGAAGUAAUAUCAACAAUUAAAAAUUCCUCACAUCAACCAAUCGAAGCAUUUGUGAAGAUGCAUCACAAUCCACUAAUAGAAGAAUGGAUUUUUUACCAGAAAAUCUAUGUUGAAGCCAUGAAGCAAAUGCGAAGACUUUUURAUAAUGGAAUAUUGGUUAGCGACAAUGUCACGAACUCUAUUACAUCGGAACCUUUACGUUCUCUGAUAACAAACCUUGUGUUAGUUCUAARAGAGUAUGAGAAACUAAUGUCUUGUAAUGAUCUGGUUGGUGCACCUGGUCUUGAUUGGAGAGAAAUGUGUAAGGAGUUUGCAGAAGAAAUURUUCUUUCCAUUCAGACAUUUGAAAGUCGUGAAACGUGCGAUGUACAAAACGAGAGAGGCCAGGAAAACCAAAUACGCGUCAAUGAACAAAUAGAGCAUCAACAGCUUCGCUYCGUAGCAACCACUGAGGACCCCUCUUCCAUUAGAAUUACAACCAGAAGUAAAAGUAAAGAAUUUAAUCCUUCUUCAACUGAAGACCGUUCUUCUCGGGGAAUAGCAACCAGAAGUAAAUAUCAAGAAUCUUACCCACCGACUUGUGAAGACCAUUCCUCCGAUGGAAUUACAAUCAGCGGGAAAUACCAGGAACCCAAUCUUCCUUCAACUGAAGAUCGUUCUUUUCAGGGAGAUACAACGAGAAUUAGAUGUCAAAAGUCUCAAUUACCGACAACAGAAGACCGUUCUUAUCAAGGAGUUACAACCAGAAGUAGAAGUCAAGAAUCUAACCUUUCAUUAGCUGAAGACAGUACUAUCAGACGAGCCUAUCAACAUUCAAAUCGAUUACAAGACCGUUCAUCCAAGGUAUCAGCAACGAGAAAGGCAAAAGUACCUAUUACAAUGUCGACGUCGCUUAUUCUGGAACCAAAACUAAACGAGAAUCGUAAGAGUGUGAUGUCACAGCUUAAUGAUAUCAGAAUAAAGAUGGACCAAUUCAAAACUGAGAAAAGAAAACAACUGGAACUUACUCGCCGAAAGAAAGCUAUUUUGAAUAAAAGAGAAUUAGAGGUCAAAAUGCGAAAGAACGCCAUCUUGGAAUUGAAAAAGAAAACUGCUAUUUUAGAUAAUCGUAUUGAACAUUUUGCACAAAAAGAAGCCGAACUGCAGUCUUUGCUGAAUACCACAAGGCCAAACCAGAGAGUAUGAUGUCACAGCUUGAUGAUGUCAGAAAAAGAAUCAGCCAAUUAACAGCAAAGAAAAGCAGCUAAUCCUAAAGCACCAAAGGAAAAUAAUUUUGAAAGGAAGAGAUUUAAACAAAAUGCGGAAACUCGCUAUAUAGUACUGUUUUAGAAAAGUGAACCGUUCUUUCGGUCUUAAAUGUUUAUUGAAGUCCAUAAAAAAACCGAAUCGGGGGUAAGACACAGUUUGAAGAUAUAAAUAUUUGUAGGUAUCAGACCUAGCAGAGAAACGUUGAUAUCUGAUGAACAUAGCUUUGAAAAGGUUGGCCAUAUGACAUUUAUAUUCGCAGAUAGAAUACAAUUUCCCGAUUAUAACAAGAAUUUUGAAAUGCUAGAAUAAUAAUGUUACAAAAUAA